AUGGCUACUCCGAACGCCACCAUGGAUCCUCAGGCUGGGGCGCCUGGCGUACCUCCCGGACUUGCUCCGCCCCCGGUACCUGCACUCGACAAUACUUACGGAGUGUUAAUGCUGGGGACGAGCCUGGGGCUUAUAUUGUAUGGAGUGACUAUGCAUCAAGGGUACCGCUACGCUCGCCUGCCGGCGCACAAACAUGAUUCCGUCGCUAUUGUGCUCAUCUUGGAGACAUGGCACUCUGUGAUCUCAAUGCACGCAGUGUAUUUCUACUUGACAACCAACUAUUUCAAUCCUGUAGUUCUGUUUCACGGCGUGUGGUCUGUCAACCUCGUUCCAAUGUUCACGGGUAUCAUUAUCGCAGUAUCUCAAAGCUUCUUCGCGCGCCGUCUUUGGCUAGUCGACCGCAACUUCCGGCCACUGGUUGUCUUCAUCGUCAUCCUCCUUCUUGGAGAGGCAGCAUUCUCUACUACCAUUUCAGUUGAGGCGUUUAUUCAGCCGGACCUCAUGCACUUCGAAAACGUCUCUUCGUGGAUGGUGAACGUCGCACUAGGCAUGAUCAUUACAGCGGACGGCCUGCUUACCACGCUCCUCACGAUUGUCCUGAGGCGCAGUCGAACCGGGUUUCUGUCAACGGAUUCUGUUCUAAACAUUCUGGUCGUGUAUACUAUCAAUACAGGGCUUCUAACCGGGACGCUGAGCACCCUUUCGUUCUUCCUGGCUAUAUUCUAUCCGCAUACCUUAUUCGCGGAUGGGAUGAACAUGUGCAUCGCUAAACUCUACGCAAACUCCUUACUCGCCGUGUUGAACUCUCGGGACUUCUUGAAGAGCCAAAGGUCGAACCCGGGCAACGGUCUCUCGGGGUCCGGCCGUCAGCCCUCAGCGGGUGGCCAAAGUUCGAGCGCUCGGUUCACUUCCGUGCAGAACUCGUCUACCUCUCGGGGCGCCAUUGAAAUCAAGCUCUCGAGGGACGUUGUGCGGGACCAUUCAUUGUACUCCAGAGACGACCCAACCCGUGACGAGUGCUACGAGCUAGAGAAGCUCCCGCCCAAACCUCCUAUGAACAGCCGAAGCGCUGGGUCCAUUUCCUCGUUUUUGCCUCCAGCGCUCUCGAUUCUUGGGCUGCCGGUCAUCGUGUGA